UUCGUUCAGACUUAUUACAAAUUUCAGGAUGAAGACACUUGGCUUUUGUCUACUUUAUUUGUGCUUUGCACUUUCCCUUGCGGAAAAUAAUAUGCUAAGAGGAAACGAACGACUUCUGAGGGGUUUUGUAAGGAAGAAUGAGGUGCAAGCGAAUUCUAAACAGGAAAUCACGCCGUUAAAGAAGAUUUUGUUGCAUGGAGCUGCACGUUCUUCCAGAAGACGUGAACGUUUUGUAAUGCAGCCGGGCAACGCCGUUGCUUUCACAGCCGUCGUAAGUCCACCUCGCCUUACACUGCUCGGCCCAGGACAGACGGUGAUCUUCGACCAUGUCAUAACCAACGUUGGCAACGCUUAUAAGAACGCUACUGGCGUGUUCCGUGCUCCUGUGACCGGUGUCUACGUUUUCAAUUUUGCAAUCAUGAUGGACCCAGGCAUGGACGAGUAUAUCGAAUUGGUUAAAGACGGUCAACACGUCAUGUGGAACUACGGACAUGCGCCGGGAUCAACUCAUUUAAUAUCUGCUAGCCGCACCGCCACUGUAGAACUGAGAGCCGGCCAAGACGUAUGGGUGAGAACGGCGAACUCCGCAAACCAUGGAGGCGGUACUAUUCACGGGAACGGAUAUACCACAUUUUCGGGCUGGCUUUUAGCUAUGACCGAAGAAUAACUGUCUGACAAAGCUAAGAUAAACGUUUUUGAGA